AUGUCGGGCGAAGACACCGAGUCGUGGGAAUGCCCCUCCUGCACCCUCAAGAACGAGCUCAUCGUCGAAGCAUGCGCAGCCUGCGGAGCUACCAGUCCGCUGGUGCUGCAGAGCUACGCAAUUGAAGAGCAGGCGUUGGCGGCAGGCGAAGCCGCUGCCAUCCAAGGGAGAAGGUCGCAGCGUUCGAGUCUCGUCUCGCAAGGCUCAGACAACACCACCCCUCGCGGUGACGACAACGAGGUCGACCCGUGGACUCAAGCCGAGUGCGAAUGGGCCCAAGUCGAGUCCCGCCAAGACUCGCGCUCGAGGAAGUAA